AUGGCAUACGCAGAUGCCAGAUACGGCUAUCCGCAAUCGCAGGCGGACUCUGCGCUGGACAACAAACAGACAACGUUCAUCGACACGGACAGCUCAGCACUGUUGGACCACUCCGUCUUGGAUCCCGACAUGAUGCAGAGCCCGCACGAUGCGUUCCGGAAAGACUCGUUUGCUAACAGCAAUGGCGUACUUUCCCCGGCCGAUUCACAGACAUGGGAUCAUUCAUUCACCAACGGUCUGAACCCAGAUCCAUCGUCUACAGGAGCACCGAGUUCAUACCAGGAAGACGGUAGCGUCUUCUUGAGGCAGUCAAACCCUCAUGUCGCACCAUAUGCCAAUCACCACCAUCUUUCUUCCUGGACGUUUGAAGGCGGCUCUGGGAAUGAAACUCCGACCGCUGGAGGUGGUUUCAUGCCACCGCCACACUUUGACGGAUCCCAUUUCAUUUCUCAACGAUCAGAUGGUGCGCACGGAAGCUUCGCACAGCAGCCGCCGCCGCACGCUAUGCCGCAGCACUUCAUCCCGGCAUCGCAACUUCAGACCCCAAUGUCCCCGCACUCCCAUCAGGACUGGAUGGGAAUGGCGGAGCGAGAAAUGGAGAGCAGGCCCUCGCACAAACGCAUGCGGCCGAACAGCCCGCAGCACGGCAUAAGUGAUCUUCAACGGAGGGACGGCAUUCGCAAGAAGAACGGCCGCAUCGACAUUCCCCAAGAACGUAACAUCCAGAACAUCGAGGAUCUCAUUGAGCAGGCCACCGACGAUGAGACUUUGAAAGAGCUAAAACAGCAGAAGCGUUUACUGCGGAACCGGGAAGCUGCCCUCGCUUCACGACAACGAAAGAAAAAGCACACUGAGGAGCUCGAGGUAAAGGAGAAGAGCUAUGCGCAAAAGAUAGCAUCUCUCGAGUCACAGGUCAACGAUCUCAAUCGAGAACGCGAGCAUCGCUCGCGGGAACAGCAAACCAUACACCAACGCCUGCAGGAAUCUCUGCGCGUGAUCGAGACCAUGCGUGACGAAAGGCAGGAGCUUGUCAGAGCACACACUGAGGAGACUUCCAAGCUGCGCAGGCAGCGAGAUAGUCUACGAGAACAGCUGGAAGCUGGACCAGCACCCCCAAUGUCGGCGCAGUCCAGUAGCGCCUACGCCGAUUUGUAUCCUGGUAUGGAAGCCCUCCAUAUGGGCGUCGGGGGACAGGACUGGCAGCAAGACGAUUGGGGUGUGAGCGACUUCUUUCCACCCCAAGGCGACGUCUUCCACAAUCAGCCAGAACCAGUCAAGCCUUCAUCCGUUCAGGACAAGAAAUUGGCAACGGCUCUUGCGGUUCAGGCCCGGCCAAAAGACCUCACAGAGACGAGAAACGAUCCACCAAUUGCUCAGGGCUUGCUGUUCAUGCUGUUACUGUGUGGAGCGUUUGUUGCGUCUAAGCCGGCCAACUCACAGCCUGCUGUCCUACCCAAUAUGCCGGCCAAUGUUCGUGCUGCAGCUCCGACAAUCCUCAACGACCUACUUUCAGGGUUUGAUUCGACCUCAGCAGCCGGGUCUGAUCGCCCGACUGUCAGCAGUGCUGGGCGACCGCUACCUUCAGCGGCUGUUCAGCGAAGUCCUAGGCCGGGCAGAUUGGAGCGCGUCCAUCGCAGCAUCACUGCGUCCACCAAGCAACAGGAGAUGGACCAAGCGUUCUCUCUGACACCAGCUCAAUACAUGUCGAUGACAAACGCAGACUUUCCAUCCUACGAGCAGUCGCCAAGUUCAUGUCAAAACGAAGACACCGCUGGACAGCGACGGCCUCUUGCCGAGGCUCUAGCCAGCCUGGAAGAACACCAGACACACAGCGUCAAGGCGGAAGUCUACACCCGCAGCCUACUUUGGGAACAGAUAYCAGCCGACGUCAUCCGGCAGUUCAAAGAGAUCGUUCGCGAUCAUAACGCCAUCGAAGCACGGCAACAACRUCAUCAAGACAAACGAUCCAGUCACGACUUUACUUACAAGAAUGAGACAUGA